CUUUUUUCUUCUUCAUAAUCACUUUCUUUCCACCAUUUUUUUUUCAACCUUGUCAAUUGUUUAAAAACUUGCCUUCUUUUUAAAAAAAAGAACAAGAAGAUUUUUUUUUGAACAAGCUAGACUUAAAAAACUAAAAAAAAGAAGAAAAAAUGUCAUCAUUUGAAGAGGAAAAGAAGCAAACCUAUACGGAAAAGGUGGAAGUCUUUAUGGAGGAAAAGAAGAAGGGAGAUGUUCAAUUUGAAGACCACGAGCAUGUUGAGCAUGAAGAUGAAAUCUCGCCUGAACUUGAACUCAUGCUUCACACUGAUCCCUCUACUGGUCUUUCAUCUACAGAAGUCGCUGAGCGUAUCGAAAAGUUUGGUUUGAACGAAUUGCCUGAACGAAAGAAGAAUCCCAUCAUCAAGUUCUUACUCUAUUUCACGGGUCCCAUUGCUUACUUGAUCGAAAUUGCUUGUAUCAUUGCUGCUGUUGUAGGUGAUUGGUUGGAUUUCGGUAUCAUUUUUGCUCUCUUGGUCAUCAAUGCCUUGAUUGGUUUCAUUGAAGAAGCAAAGGCCGAAUCUGCCUUGGAUGCCUUGCGUCAAACUUUGGCUCUCAAGACCCGUGCUUGGAGAAACUCUGAAUUGAUUGAGAUCAACGUCAAGGAGCUGGUCCCCGGUGAUGUGAUCGUCCUUCGUAUUGGUGAUAUCGUUCCCGCUGAUGCUCAUCUCUUGGGUCUUGGUGUAAACGGUGAGGAAAACUUGACUGAAUUAAUGAUUGAUCAAUCUGCUCUUACUGGUGAAUCUCUCCCUGUUGCCAAGAAGAAGGGCAGCACUGUCUUCUCUUCUAGUAUUGUCAAGCAAGGUCAAAACUUGGCUGUCGUUACAAAGACUGGUAUCAACACUUACAUUGGUCGUGCUGCCAACUUGAUUGCUAUCACAAAUGAAGAAGGUCAUUUCCAAAAGGUUAUUGGUAAGAUCGGUAAUGUUCUUAUUUGGUCUACUGUCGUACUUGUCCUUAUUGUCCUCGUCUACAAGUUGGUUGCCUUCCGUGGUACAGAAGAUGGUGAAUGGAAGCAUGUUCUUGAACAUUGUCUCGUCUUAACUGUUGCUGCUAUCCCUGUUGGUCUUCCUACUGUGAUGUCUGUUACCAUGGCUCUCGGUGCUAAGCAACUUGCUACCAAGCAGGUUAUUGUCAAGCGUCUUACUGCUGUUGAAGAAUUGGCCUCUGUCUCUGUGCUCUGUUCUGAUAAGACUGGUACCUUGACCUUGAAUGAAUUGACUUUUGAUGAACCUUGGUUGACCAAUGAUUAUACUGCUGAUGAUAUCCUCCUUUACUCUUACCUUGCUGCUGAACCAGGAGCUAAUGAUCCUAUUGAAUUUGCUGUGCGUCGUGCUGCCGAAGGUUCCCUUGAGGUUCUCAAGUCCCGUCCCGCCAAAUCAUUGGAUGUUCCUGGUUACAAGGUUACUGCUUUCCAACCUUUCAAUCCUACUACCAAGAUGACUGAAGCUACUAUUAUGGACUUGACUACUCAACAAAGUUUCCGUGUUGCUAAGGGUGCACCUCAAGUCAUUACCCGACUUGCUGGUGGUAGUGAUGAUGCUGUAAACGCUGUUAACUCUUUGGCUCGUCGUGGUCUUCGUGCACUUGGUGUUGCCAGAACCGUUCCCGGAGAUUUGACUAACUUUGAACUUGUUGGUAUGAUUUCCUUAUUGGAUCCUCCUCGUCCUGAUUCUGCUGAAACUAUUCGUGACUGUAAUAUUCUUGGUGUUGAUGUCAAGAUGAUUACAGGUGAUCAAUUGAUUAUUGCAAAGGAAGUCGGUGCUCGUCUUGGUAUGGGUCGUGUUAUUCUUGAUGCUAACCAUUUGGUGGAUCCUACCAAAUCCGAAGAAGAAAUUACGGAACAUUGUCGUCGUGCUGACGGUUUUGCCCAAGUCAUUCCUGAACACAAGUACCGUGUAGUUGAGUUGCUUCAGAACAAGGGUUAUUUGGUCGGUAUGACAGGUGAUGGUGUGAAUGAUGCUCCUGCUUUAAAGAAGGCCAAUGUUGGUAUUGCUGUUGAAGGUUGUACUGAUGCUGCUCGUUCUGCUGCUGAUAUUGUUUUGCUUGCUCCUGGUCUUUCUACCAUCAUUGAUGGUAUCAAGACUUCUCGUGCUAUUUUCCAACGUCUUCGUUCUUAUGCUCUUUACCGUAUCACUUCUACCAUUCAUUUCUUGUUAUUCAUGUUUAUUGUUACCAUGGUUCAUAACUGGAACAUGCCUGCUAUCUUGUUGAUCAUGAUCUGUGUCUUGAAUGAUGCUGCUACUUUGGUAAUUGCUGUUGAUAACACUGAGAUCUCUGAACGUCCUGAUAAAUGGAGAAUUGGUCAAUUACUGACCAUGUCUUGUGUCUUGGCCGUCAUGCUUACUGUCCUUUCAUUUGCUCAUUUCUACGUUGCCCGUGACGUUUUCCAUGAGCAUCCCUAUGUUGUACAUUCCAUUAUGUAUUUGCAUAUCUCUUCAGCACCUCAUUUUGUUAUUUUCUCUACUCGUGUUCCCGGUUACUGGUACAAGAAUAUGCCUCAUUGGUUGUUCACUGUUUGUAUUCUUGGUACCCAAGUUCUUGCCUUAUUCUUCUCGGUCUAUGGUGUCUUUGGUGAGAAGGAAGAAGUCCGUGGUUGUGGUUGGGCUUGGGGUAUGGCCGUUCUGGGUGUCUCACUUGUUUACUUUAUGCUUAUGGAUGUUGUUAAGGUCUGGCUUUUCAGAAGAUGGAACUUUGCUCUUACUGCCAAGUUGGCCCCUACACCUAAGCGUAAGGCUAAGUUGGCUGCACGUGGUUUAGAAUCAUCUCAAAGAGAACGUUUAGAAUGUGCUUGGAAGAAGGUUCAAGAUCCUGUGGAAGCACACCAAAUCAUUGCUGCCUUCAAGACUGCUGCUUUAAAAGCUAGAUAAAUGUGUCUGUGAUAUAUUUACAAACACACACACACACACAAAACGAGAGAGGAGGAUGUCUAUUACUUAAUUAUUAUUACUUUUUAUUACUAUUUUUUUUUAACAAACAAACAAUAAAGUUUUUUUCUCCAAUCUGAGCUUUCUUUAUUUAGAAUGUGUGUGUGAAUAUUUUUUGUUGCGAUACCGGAAAGAGCCGUGAAUUGAUUGCACUACUGUGAUAAAACUAGAACGCUGAUGUAAUGAAUUUUAUUUUUUGCACUUUUUGGAAAUAUUUCGAUGAUAAACACAUGAUACAAUUAAAGUGUCAAGUAAACAGGUUAGGG